AUGAAGUUCCAAGUUUCCUGGGCUCCGACGCUCUGUCUGUUGGCGUCGCUCACCCUUCCGGUUCUCGGAGAACCCAUCCCCGCUCCUACGGGCGAGUACAAUGUCGGCGCCCAACGUUUUGUCGUUCCUUUCUUAGAAGAGGAGGACGUCGUUUGGCCCAACGGCGUGUCAACCGAGUAUCUCGUCACGUUGUACUAUCCUACUUCAGAUGAGAAGCCUUGCCCAAAGCCGUAUCUCGAGCCCGAACUUGUUCAGUUGUACGAGGAUUUAUGGAAUUACAACAUCUCCCACCUGACUUCGACUUUGCGGUGGAAUGCCUCUUAUCUUGAAGAGGGAACAGGCCCGACGCUCCUUUUCGGGCCCGGCGGUUGGGGUCCUCCGACUGAUGGCAGCUACAUUGCCAUUUCUGACCUCGUCUCCCAUGGAUACGUCGUGGCUGCAUUCGACCAUGUCUACGAGCAACCUUUCGUGCGAUAUCCCAAUGGCACAGGUGUCUACGGCCUCUCUCCAGCUUUCAACAAUUACACCCUUGCUUGGGUAGAAAAGCUGCAUGCCGUCAGGGUCAGACAGCAACUUCACUUCAUUGACUACUUUCCAUCUCUCGUGGCAGAGCUCGACGCGCCCUUCAAGACCACCGACCUCGGCACGUUUGGUGUGUCUCUCGGAGGCUCCGCUGCUCUUACCUUGGCACUUGAGAGCGAUGCUGUUGCCGCUGCGAUCAAUGUGGACGGUACCAACUGGGGUCGAUUGAACAGCACUUCCGACUCCGACCUGAAAAAGCCAUCGAUGAUUCUGGGCUUCGGCGGUCACAAUGCAAACUCUGACCGCACUUGGAGCAAUUACCGAGCCUGGCAGACUGGCUGGUGGCGCCUGUUCUCGGUAGAUGGAAGCGUGCAUGCCGACUGGGAGGACCGGACAUAUUGGAAGAUUUUCGGCACCACGGCUACAAUGGGGCCUAUUGACGGCAACAGAAUGGUCAAUAUCACGAGGACGUUCAUUAGAGCCUUCUUUGAUGAGGUUCUUCUGGAUAUUAAACAGCCUCUUUUGGAUACUCCUUCGGAAGAUUUCACUGAAGUACACUGGGACGAGAUUCAUAACGGACAGUAA